CGUGCUCCACAUAUCGGCAAGCAUGUCGGCCGGGGCCUCUGAGGCAGCGACGGAGCCGGAGCCGCUGGAAAGGACAGACGAGAAGUCAGAGGCUGAGGAGGACCCAGAGGAACCCGAAGAAGCGGCUCGCGGCGGCAAGAAGCGCGUGGUGCCAGGUAUCGUGUACCUGGGUCACAUCCCGCCGCGCUUCCGACCCUUGCACGUACGCAACCUCCUCAGCGCCUACGGGGAGGUCGGGCGCGUGUUCUUUCAGGCGGAAGACAGGUUUGUGAGACGCAAGAAGAAGGCAGCAGCAGCCUCAGGAGGAAAGAAGGGAUCCAAAUACAGCAAGGACUAUACUGAGGGCUGGGUGGAGUUCCGGGAUAAGCGCAUAGCCAAGCGUGUGGCUUCGAGUCUGCACAACACACCCAUGGGGGCCCGCAGGCGCAGCCCCUUCCGCUAUGACCUUUGGAAUCUCAAGUAUUUGCACCGUUUUACUUGGUCCCACCUCAGUGAACACCUUGCCUUUGAGCGCCAGGUACGCAGGCAGCGCCUGAGAGCCGAGGUUGCCCAAGCCAAGCGUGAGACCGACUUCUAUCUUCGGAGUGUGGAGCGGGGACAGCGCUUCCUUGCUGCUGAUGGGGACCCUGCCCGCCCAGACAGCUCCUGGACAUUUGCCCAGCGUCCCACUGAGCAGGAGCUAAGAGCCCGGAAAGCAGCACGGCCAGGAGGGCGUGAACGGGCUCGCCUGGCUACUGCUCAGGACCAGGCCCGCUCCAACCGAGGGCUCCUUGCCAAGAUCUUUGGAGCCCCGCCACCAUCAGAGAACACAGAGGAACCUUCACUAGUGGAGCACUCCUGAGGGGCAGGAAGGUCUCUCCCAUCACUCACAAGAGUGAGACUGACUAUCCAGACAGACAUUUUCUGGCUUUCAGACCAGGAGUCUUUGAUGAGGACCCAGACAUGGAAGUUUUGUGGGCCUCCCCGUUCCUCUUGCUCAACUUCUGUGAGUGCUUGGUCAAGGCACCUUAGUUGUACUUGUGUAAUUAUGACUGCUGCAGAUUCCUGUUUCAUUUGUUUGACUUUUGGUUGUCUGUCUCUUGCCCAGUGGGGUUCUCUAAAAGGCUCAACAUCUGGCUGCAGGUGUGGCCUUUAUUUCCAACUAGAGUAAUUAUGGCCUAGCAUUCUUGUCCUGUUUACUGACAAGGUAAGGGCAGCAACAUUGUUUUUAUUUAGAAAAUGUUAACAGGAUAGGAGAUAAUGGUUGGGGAUGGGUUGAGAACCUUUCUCUAAAUAUAUUUAUGAUGAAUAAAAUAUAUUUUUUGUAUGCUUUU